GUGUGUGUGUGUGUGUGUGUGUGUGUGUGUGUGUGUGUGUGUGUGUGUGGAGAAACUGAGAAGAACCAGUGUGGAGAGAUUCCCAUGGAGGAGCUGAAACCCUGGAGAGGAAAUUUCUUAAACAGAACGGGGAGCAUGGAGAGUAAGUGUAUACCGAUGGAUUUGUCCCUCCACGUGUCUCUCGCUCCCUCAGUGUGUAUUGUAGCACUGCUGUCGUUCCUGCAGCAUAGAGAGAAAAGAUACUCAUUUGAAGAGAGAUUCCCACAUCUACAGGGACGAUUUGGCAUCGUGGUGCCGUUGGACUUUCUGGGCAGUAUGAGUAAUCGCUGGUCUUAUGGUUUUGCCUUCGGUGCCGUGACCCCCAGCGUCCUGCUGCUGUUCUCCGAGUCUUACACACCGUUUCCUGUUCCACCCUGGGCUAAACCUUUUGUAUAUUUGGUUGGAGCUCUGGAAGUGGGUGUGGCCUAUCUGCCUUUCUUUGUCUGUCUAACAACACCACAUGGAAUACUCAGAGGAGUCCUGGGCCUUCUGUAUACUGUGGCCUGGUUGACAGCAAGAUUAUUUGACAUUGUCACGUGUCCUAAAGGUGAUCUUCUAGGUGAUUAUCAGAAGGUUAUAACGCAGUGGCCGUGUAUCCUGUGUCUGGGUUUCCUGGUUGGACGUUUCCUCACUAUGGUAGUGAAGGAUGUGCGAAUCCACUUAAAGUUUCAGACCAAGCAGCAGGUUGAAGAGGAAAAGCUUUUUCAGUCUAAUCAGUACAAAUAUGUUCAAACUCUGCUGGGACGACCUCCUGAACAGGCUGUGGAGAAGAGUUGGUUUAGGAGGAAGGUGUAUGACUGGGAUCCGUAUUUUAAAUUCCCGAACAGAAUGAUCGGCACCGCAGUCAUCUCAUUUAUCGGCCUCUAUGCGAUGACUCUGGCAGAUUACAGUCUGAGUGGUUUUAUAUUUAGGAAUCUGUUAGCAGCGAUUGACUCUCUGGAGGAUUUGGUCAAAAACAGUAACAACACUGAGAAUCUCUUUAUUUCAUUAUUACCCUACAUCAGCGAGUUCAGCCACGUAGCCUGGCACUCCUGGUUUGCCACGACAAUGUUCACCUCGCUGACAUCUGUUACCUACUUGUUUCACGUGUUAGCAUGUUACAGGAAGCACAUGAAGAGGUUGUGGGCGGGAAAAAAGAACUUUCUGCCAGAAAGGUACUACAAACUCAGCUCUGCUGCCAGCGUGGCUUCCAUUACACGAUAUUCAGGCUGGCAAAUCGCCUUCACUCUUUGGGGUUAUCUUAUAGUGCACUAUGUGCAGUUCUUAAUUGUGUUGCUGUUUGUGUAUCUGGUUGUGUUACCGAUCCAGAAAGGGGGGUUCCUCCCCUGGUUCUCCGCCCUGGCCACCUUACUGUUGACGAUCUUCAUUGUGAUCGCUCUACUGGUGGUGCAGGUUGUGAUGGUCAGGAUCUUCUUCCUGCAGGACAAAAUCUCACCCGAAGAUAAAGAUAAACCUUUAGCACUCAACAACAGGAGAGCCUUUAACAGUUUCAACUACUUAUUUUUCUUUUAUAACGUCAUCAUGGGGCUGAGCACCUGCAUCCUCAGGCUGCUCAACAGCUUUGUUGUAGGAACCUGGCUUGUUCCACGCAUCGACCGGACCAUCAUGCAGCGAGGCUAUGAAGCCCUGGAUCCAGGUUACUGUAUGUGGGUGGGAAUGAUCAUAGCAGAUCAUCAUCACAGUAAUCCAGUUCUGGUGUGUUUCUGCCACCUGCUGCUCAAACACACUGUGCAGAGACUGGGGGCUGUGAACACGUACGCAACAUUCGACAACGCAGAAUUCCCAGCAUUCAGCAGGGUCCGUACUCGCUGGCUGCUCCUCUAUACCCUGCUCAGAAAUCCAAAACUCAUCCUUUUAAGGAAGAGACACCAUAACCACAACCUCCACAGCGACCAGGACCCGCUCACCAUCGCCCGGGUCAUAACAACAUCAUCCCAGCUCGAGAAAAACCAGCAAAUCCAACAGCGUGAUGAUGACGUACCUACAACUCCCAGAGGAUCUCCUCUAAAACAUCCCUGAAUGAACAACCUAAACAACAAGUGGACUAGCUUUGGUUGGGAAAUAAAUCCUGUUUGGAUGAUGUAUCUCUGCAUAUGUUAACAAAGAACAAGCACUAGGAUUACGGCCUUUUAAAUAGCUAGCCGAUGUCCUACAUGCUAAUCGGCUAAGCAGAACUCUCAGGCUCUACAUCCUGACAGAGAAACGCUAAACACAUGACCGCUAGCUACUACAAAUAACACAGAUCACAUCACAAUUCCUUACUGAAUAUGCACUAAAAAUAUAAAAGGUUAUCUUUGGUUACUUUUGUGUUAUUUUUCAUCAAUAAAAUCUUUUGUGAAGUUUAAUAAGUGACAUGUAAGGUGUAAAGCAGAAACAUGACCUAGCAUAAUCACGCUAAUUUUUUUUAUUUAGAUGAUGUAAAAAUGGGGUGACUGAGG